CGGGAACUUGGAUAUUGACAAUUUAAUUAAAGCAACACAUAAAAAUAUGGUUCAAUUUAGGUUAGAGUGGAUUCCAUAUGAAGAUUUUAAAAAUGUCGGGAAUAUUGCUGAAGGCGGAUUUAGUAUGAUAUUUACCGCUUUAUGGGAAAAGGGAAAAAUUACGAGCUAUUAUGAUAAUAGGGAUUUUAAUCGGGCAGGUCCUGAAACAGUUGUAUUAAAAAUCCUUAAGGAUUCUCAAAAUAUAAAUUCUGCAUUUAUAAAGGAGUUACGUAAUAUUACUGAAACUCUGCCUAACUCUUAUAAGCGUCAUAUUAUUCAAUAUUAUGGAGUAUCGCAAGAUCCAGUAACAAAAAAUUAUAUAUUUGUUAUGUCUCAUAUGAAACAAGGAAGUUUGCAUGAGUAUUUGUCCAAGAAUUUUAAUGAUAUCAAGUGGACGGACUGGGGGAAAAGCAAAAGAUCAAAA